AUGCUUCCCCUUCACUUCUGGGUGUCCCGGGGGCGCCCUGCGGAGGAGCCUCCCGGGGCGCGCGGCGCCGCGAGCCCCCGGCCGGACGGGCACCCCGACGAGAGGCCCCCCGCCCUCGCCGCCUGCGCGAGGACCCCGGCGGCGCCGGGGCCGGCGGGCUGGGAGCUGGUGGCCGCCGUGAGCCGGGGGCCCGGGGCCUGGGGGCCGCUUCGGGCGCGCGGGGCCCUGCUGCGGGGCGCGCCAGGAGCCCAGAACUGCGCCCGCGCUCACCUCCGGCUGCUCCUGUCCCUGGACCUCGGGAUGGACCCCGCCGGCCCCGAGCCCGCCGAGGUGGGGCGCGCGGGGCGGCAGCUGCUGGCGCUUCCCGAGCCUGCGGCGGCCUCCGGGGGGGAAGCCGGGCACGCGGAGCUGUGCGCCCGGCCCCUCCCCCGCGCGCUCCCCCGGGGCCGGGCCCGCGGCGAGGGCCUCUCCCGGGCGGACCGGGAGGCCGCGGGGGCUGCGGCUGCGGCCGCCCGGUCCUCGUCUCCGGGCUCCGGCGGCGACAGCGGCGACGGCGCGCGGGGCCCGGACACCCCCGCCUUGGCCCCGGGGCGCAGGGGCGCGCGCUUCAUCAGCACCCGCGAGAUCCAGCUGAGCGAGGCGGACCGGGACGCGGACUCGGACUCGGACGCGGACCGGGACGCGGACGCGGCGCCGGCCGCCCGCGGGGGCCUCGAGGACGGCCUUGGCUCCGCGCCCCCCGGCGGCCGCGACGGGACCCCGGGGGACGGCGAGGGCAGCCGCGACCUCGGCUCCAGCCCCGGCGGCGGCCAGGACGGCCCCUCGGACGGCGCCCCCGCCGGCGCCUCCAGCGCGCUCAGCGAGCCGGACGACGCGGACCAGGAGGUGCGCAGCCUCACGGCGCGCGCCUUCCGCAGCCUGGCCGGGCCCUGCUUCGAGGCGCUGCGCGUCUGCUCGCGCGAGUCCACGCUCUCCGAGGCCGGGCGCGGGCGCUGGUCCGCCCUCCUGGACCUGAAGUGCGCGGGCGCCGGGGCCCGCGGGGAGCAGCGCCUGCUGCGGGGCGGCGCGGGCGCCGGGCCAGCCUCCGAGCAGCUGCGCGCCCCGGCCCGCAAGGCCCAGGCCAGGGCCCUGGAGUUCGUGGUCAGCAAGGUGGACGGCGAGAUCACGCACGUGGACACGCCGCCCCGCCUGCAGAAGCAGGGCCGCGCCGGCCCCCGCGUGGUCUCCCUGCUCCAGCCCCUGCGUCCGGGCGGCGGCGGCAAGGCCGGCGCCGGCCCCCGGGGCCCCGGGUCCGCCUGCACCGACGACGGCUCCGAGGCCUCCGAGGGCGGCCAGCCGGCCGCUGGCGCCGAGGGGCCCCCGAAGAAGGCCAAGUUCGCGUCCAGCCUGCUCAAGAACGUCAUCUCCAAGAAGAUGCGGCGAGAGCACGAGAUGCAGAUGGAGCGCGGCGAGGCCGCUGACGCCACCCAGCCCGACGGCGCCGCCGCGGAGCCCGAGCCGGGCCUGCAGCGCCAGAGCUCGCGCCCCUCGGAGGCGGGCUCGGAGGGCACCGCGGGCAGCGCCUCGGACCCCGCCGGCGCCGAGGGCUCCGCGGCCGGGUCGAGGUCCCCGGUGUUCAGGGCCAGCGCGCCCCGCGAGGGCGGCGGCGCGGGGCCCACCGACGAGGCCUGCGAGGCCCAGAAGGACGCGUCCGAGGCGGCCAAGGGCGUCCUGCUCCGCAGCCAGCACAGCGCGUUCCGCUCCUGGAGGGACAGGGAGGCCGAGCAGCAGGAGGACAGAGCCCGGGCCGGGAAGGGGGCGCCGCGCAGCGCGGGCGACGGGCGGGCUGACCUCGGGGAGCUGUCCGCCGCCAGGCCCACCAUCAUGUCCCGCCUCUUCGUCCCCAACAUCCAGCAGACGCCCCCGGACAGGCGGCCGGCGAAGCAGGCCACCAAGCACACCGCCGCCGCGGGCCCCUCCACCGCCGUGGUGCGGCCCAAGGCCCCCGAGAUCAAGAUCAGGCUGGGCAGCGUGCAGCCGCCGAGCCCCGACUUCAGCAUCGCGCAGCUGCUCACGCCCCGGCUGGCGGGCGGCGCGGCGGGCCUCGGCCGGGCGGAGGACGGCGCCAGGGCGCAGCAGAGAGGCCUCCGGGCGGACGGCCUGGAGAAGGUGCCCCAGUUCCAGGUCAGGGACGUCAGGGACAAGCCCAAGGCCCAGGGGCCCCUCCACCAGGUGAGAGACGUCAGGAAGCUGAUCAAGGGGUCCGGGGACUGUGGGGACAAGGGCAGCGUCACCCCCGAGCAGGCCCUCAACGGCCCCAAGGCCAGGCAGCUGGUGGUGGCCGCAGUCGGGCCCGGGCCCCCGUCCCCCAUGGUGAUCACGUGCCAGGCGGUGCUGAGCCAGCGGGAGGACCGCGCGGACCGCCUGGACGCGCCCCCCGAAGGGACGGUGCUGGUGCACAGGGCCUCGGGCCGGCUGCCCGUGGCCACCAUCGCCCCCAACAAGCCCGAGCAGGGCUCCUACCUGCCGGUGCUCAGGAUCGUGUCCAAGGCUGCAGCACAGAAGACCCCGGAGAAGGCCAAGGAGGAGGAGGAGGAGGCCAGGGCCCCCGGGCCGGCGCGCGGCGCCCUGGAGAAGCUGACGGCGGCCGUGCGCUCCAUGGAGGAGCUGUACAGCUUCGACAGGAACGCCUGGAAGCGCAAGAGCGACCCCUUGCCCGUGGUGAUGGACAGCCACGUGCUGUCGCUCAUUGCCAGCGAGGAGAAGGCGGGGCCCGGGGGGCCCGGGGGCGACCCUGGGCAGCCGGCCCGGCGCCCGGGGGACACGGAAGCGGGAGACCAGGGGGCCAGAGGCGGCGUGGUCCUGCGGGGAACCCCCCCAGAGCGGCUGCAGCGCAGGAACUCCAACCCCAGCAGCGACAGCGUGUCUGCCCGGGCGGCGGCCUUCGAGAGCCUGGCCAGGGAGCGUCCCCGGUCCCUGUACAUCCCCGCGGUGCACAAGGACCCCCUCCGGCCGGCGCCCCUGCAGCCCCUGCCUGCACCCCCCAGCGGCCGGCAGGCGUUCGCUGUCAGCUCCAGCAGGACCCAGAAGGCCGGCGGGGUUGCCGGCAAGUUCCCGCAGGGGCAGUCUCCAGAGAGCCCCGGCACCCCUAAGGGCAGCCCCUUGCAGGGCCCACGGUCCCUGAAGAUCUCGCCGGCCGCCCGGGCGGCUCCCGAGGGGGUGCCCCAGCGGAAAACCAGCGGCCACCUGGAGAAGAGCAGCAGCCGCCGGGACGACUUCCUGGCGCUCCCCCCCAAGGGCAGCACCGCCGCGGGGCGCGAGGGACCCUCAGCUCCCUCGGCUGCCUCUCUCUGCAGCCUGCCCCCCCUGAGUGCCCGGAGCCAGGUGCCUGGCAACCCCAGGGCCUCUCAGCUCGGCGGGGCCAGCCGGCCAGCCUGGCGCAGCAAGCCAGAGCCUGCCGGGGAGAGGGCAGCCGCCCCCGCAGGGCCGCAGAGCCCCGAGCAGCCCCCUGCCGCCAUCUACCACCCGCAGUCACUGCCCUUCGCGCUGCAGGGGGCGCAGCCGCAGGUGCUCUGCUUCUCCCCGCCCGGCGCGCCGGCUCCCACGCCCCCCGGCCCGCAGGUGCCCACGGACCCCUUCCAGCAGCCGCGGCCUCCGCAGACCCAGCGCAAGAUGCUCCUGGACGUGACCACCGGCCAGUACUACCUGGUGGACACCCCCGUGCAGCCCGCCACCCGGAGACUGUUUGACCCCGAGACGGGGCAGUAUGUGGACGUGCCCAUCAGCACGCAGCAGCCGGCGGUGGCGCCCGUGUCCCUCCCGGUGCCCCCCGUGGCCCUGAGCCCCGGGGCCUACGCGCCCACCUACAUGAUCUACCCCGGCUUCCUGCCCACGGUGCUGCCCCCCAGUGCCCUCCCGCCCACACCCGUGGCCCGCACACCAGGGGCUGGCGAGCUCCCUGCUGAGGCCCCCGGCAAAGAGGCCACGGCCGUGUUCGCAGAGGCCCCCUACUUCUUGGCCUCUGGGCAGGCCCCCACCUCUCCACCCUCCUCCACCCCCACGGCCGCCCCCCAGCUCCUGGGCACCACGGGCUUCACCCCGCUGCACGGCAAGCCGGUCAUCAGCAUCACCUCGCAGCCCCUGGGGCCCCGCAUCGUGGCGCCCCCCUCCUUUGACGGCACCACCAUGAGCUUCGUGGUGGAGCACAGAUGAGAUGAGCCGGCUGGUGGGGAGCAAGACAGAAAGACGGACUGUUGCGACCCCGAAGGCCGCGAUGCGCCAGCGCUGAGGAUCCACCCGGAAAUCUCCCUCCACGCGUGUUUGUCUGAGUUUUCUCUUCUGUAAGCCAGCGUGUGCGUCUCCACGUGUUCGUGCGCAGCCCUGGAGGAGAGCCUGUGCUCUUUUAACUGGGCUGCGCGGCCGGCCCGGCCGCC